CUUCGAAACAUCGUUGUAUGUUGCUACGGGACACUUAACGGGGACGUACAGGUUUGUCGUCAACAAAACAACUCAAGUGACUCAUAACGUUUCAUGCUUCGCUCUGAGCGGUGACAGCCAGCAGUCAAGCAUGAAUGUGAACCAGGGGACGGUGGGCAGCGACCCGGUCAUUCUGGCCACGGCUGGAUACGACCACACUGUCCGGUUCUGGCAGGCCCACAGCGGGAUCUGCACGAGGACAGUCCAGCACCAGGACUCUCAAGUUAAUUCACUUGAGGUCACACCUGACAGGAGUAUGAUUGCAGCUGCAGGUUAUCAGCACAUCCGCAUGUACGACCUGAAUUCCAACAAUCCCAACCCGGUGAUCAACUACGAUGGCGUUAGCAAGAACAUCACGUCUGUGGGCUUCCAUGAAGAUGGACGCUGGAUGUACACAGGAGGAGAGGACUGCAUGGCUCGCAUAUGGGACCUUAGGUCAAGAAAUCUACAGUGUCAGAGGAUAUUCCAGGUCAACGCUCCAAUCAACUGUGUAUGCCUGCAUCCCAACCAGGCAGAGCUGAUUGUUGGAGACCAGAGUGGAGUGAUUCAUAUCUGGGAUUUGAAGACUGACCACAACGAACAGCUGAUUCCUGAGCCAGAGGUCUCAAUCAACUCAGUUCACAUUGAUCCAGACGCCAGUUACAUGGCAGCGGUCAACAGCUCGGGAAACUGUUAUGUGUGGAACCUUGCUGGAGGCAUCGGAGAUGAGGUGACUCAGCUCAUCCCAAAGACUAAGAUCCCUGCACACAAACGCUACUCCCUCCGCUGCAAGUUUAGCCCUGACUCCACUCUGUUGGCCACCUGCUCAGCAGACCAGACUUGUAAGAUCUGGAGAACGUCCAAUUUCUCACUGAUGACGGAGCUGAGCAUCAAGAGCAACAAUCCUGGAGAGACAUCGAGAGGCUGGAUGUGGGACUGUGCUUUCUCUGGAGACUCCCAGUAUAUCGUCACUGCCUCCUCGGAUAACCUUGCUCGUCUGUGGUGCGUGGAGACGGGGGAGAUCAAGAGGGAAUACAGCGGCCACCAGAAGGCCGUAGUGUGUCUGGCCUUCAAUGACAGUGUGCUGGGCUAAGGAGGAGGAAGAUGAGGAGGAGGAGGAAGGAGAUGAAGCGAUGGCAGACAGUCUGUGCAGAGGUGGUGCAAGGACAUAAAAGCAAUGGACUCUUUGGAAGAUGUGCCUCAAUUGGGAAUUCUGAAAACUGCUCCCAGAAAUGAUCAUCGGGUUGAUCAAAGUUGAGACUUGUGUAUGAACAUUAUGAUGAAUCUCAGCUGUGUGUUCCAGGAUAUCUUCAGUGCUCUGACAAAUGCAUGCAAGUAUUCAGCAAAGCAGCAAGGCCAAAAUGUUUAUUCAUUAAAUUGAAAUCCAUCUUAAAGGGCCAAACACAUUUUUAACCAAAUGUAAACUGUUGUACGGGAAAACUUCUGUAGAAAUUGGUCAUUUGGAUUGAAACAUGUUAGACUUCAUUAAGGAACUAUAUGUUUUUAACUUUAUCACUCAAUAAGGUGCACAAUAGAUCCUUUUCGACUCCUUGUUUUUAGCGUGCACCAUAUUUAUUGUAUCAAAAGGACCACAUGUUUCACUUCAACUUUGAUUUAUUUCUCAUAUGUGAUAUGUAUAAUUCAUUUGAUACUAUGGAUUCAAAGUUAAGUUGUGUUAUUCUUAAUGAUCACGUGGAUUGUCGAGAGAAACGAUGUACAGAAAAUGAUUCCACAGUAAAGACAACGUUAU